AUGAGACACUUGUUUGUGUUGGUUCAAGCGGCGCCCGAGCAGGACCAGGAACAGGACCAAGCCUUGGACGACGUUGGGCGAGGAACAACGGCUGCUGCGGCUGGGGCGCUGGUGCGGUCCGACUGGUUCUCCAACCCGCUGUUUCGUGGAUCGUACUCGUACCUUGGCACGGGCUCGUCGCCGGCGGACAUGGAGGAGCUCGGUCGGCCGCUAUCGGCUCCCGCGGGGGUCGACGCAGAAGGCACCGGGAGCGGUCCUACCGGCGACGGUAGGCGUCUUGGAGAAGAAGAUCGAGAAGAGCCUGCCGGAGAAGGUGAUGGGGGUGGUGGUUCUCUCUCUCGUGCGAGGGUUCUCUUUGCCGGAGAGGCCAUGCACGCGCGCUUCUUCUCGACGGCCCACGGGGGUUUCGAUACCGGCCGGCGUGCGGCGAGGGAAGUGCUGGCGAGUUGCGGCUUCAAAGAUUGCUCUGAUCCGCUGCACAAGCCAGAGGCGGUCGAAUUUGACGCUUGAUUUUGGAUGCAUUGACAAGGAAGCAGGUGGUGUCGAUGUGUGGUUGUACUACGACACCUGCUUCGUUCGGCAGCGAUGGUUUCAUGUUUAUCUCGACUUGGACAGUUUCUCCCGGCGGUGUGAUAUUCAUCCGCAUACGAAAAUGGGCAAAUUUUCUUUGCCUUGCCCUUUUGGAUGAUAAUUUGUUGUGAUAGCCAUUCUGUCAGGUAGAACGGUGAUAUGUUUUGGUCUUGAUUGGUUACGGCCAACUGGCGAAUUUAUCUUCCUCGUCUCUCUGCUGAAUGACCUGGAGUUCGCCGCGCAAGACCAAUUUAAACCAGCACUUGUGUUUCAUCGAAAUUCCCCUAGUAUAGACAGCUGGUUUCCCUGUGAAGGGCCAUUGAUAUAUUUUAUGUAAUCCUACAGCGGUUUUAGCUUCGCCCAAAGGUGCCUCCUUUUGGACACUAGGGGUUCAGCUACUUGGCUCUUUCGGUUGAGAAUGUACGGGGUGAGGUCACAUUGCCGAGAGGUAUGCGAUGACCAGACUUUUCCCUUCGAACCAGGAGCUUUCCAAUGCUCUCGAUUAUAAGAAGUCGCCACCACUCAAAGAACCCUUCUUAUUUUGCCCGAAGCCCGCAUCUUAUUUUGUCUUUGGGGUAGAUUUACCUUACAUCGAUAAUAUGUAGGUUGUGGUGUUGGCUUCUGUACUGAACACACGUCCUGCUGGUCAAGUUGUUUGGUCUCCAUAUUAUUAAGCCUGGUGUUCUCCCUCCGUAAGCCCCAGGUUCCUAGGUGGCGGUGCGUUCUAUAUGAAUGAAAAGUGUGUGUUCGAAACGUGGACACCUGAAGAUUUAGUAAGCCCCUCCUGUUAAACCACACACCUAUGGCGUCGUUUAGGGCAACUCAGAAUGUGCGGGCGCACCCUUGCUGAGUAGCAGGACAACAAGGGUAUCUACUACUACGACGGUUUGUGCGGUACUGCCUUCACCGAUGUGCGGAGACGAAUCAAUCAAGGGAGCUUUGUGUCCAUGUUGGACAUCGUUGGCAUGCCUAUUUCUGCGCUGGCAGUGAACAGGUCGCUGUGAAGCACACCCAAGAAGCGCAACACGUCCUGUUUGUAGGAGAGGUCGAAGCCCCGGUAUUCAUAGCAUUUGACAACGGGGAUUACUGUUGGAAGUUACGAUUGGGGAACUUUACGAAUGAAUGUGAUAUUUCUAUUUGCGCCUGUCUGUCAACAGGAAGUGUCAGAAUGAAGCAAAGGAUGGGAGAGGGAGAGACAGAGACAGAGACAGCGACAGUGAUGUCUACAGAGUUGUGGUUCUAAAGAAUUUGAGUACAGUAGUAGGGCUGAGAAAGGAAGAGUACCUAAGCGAAGAAGUAGGGGUGUCCUCAAUGUUCGUGAUAGUUGCUGCUGUUCAAUGGCGUGUAUGUAUGCCGAAGUAGGCUGGGCCGGAGCUAGUUGCAGUUUCUCACAUUGCUGGUGUUGCAACAUAUUGUAUUGGAUCAUAUGCAUAGGGCCGGAACUAUUUGCAGUUCUGCAGUUCAGCACUUUGCCAGUGUGUGUUCUGUUCAAUUCUG